AUGGUGAAGGCACGCAAAAUCGUACUCGUUCGACACUUCGAAGGGCAGCCUCGAACCGAGGACUUCCGCAUCGAGGAGGAGGACCUGCCGCCCGUCAAGGACGGACAGAUCUUGGCCGAGGCAGUCUACUUUAGUGUCGACCCCUUCCAGAAGGUUCACACAGCUAUGCAAAAAGUGGGCGACACCUUUUACGGCGCUCAGGAAGAUCGAAGCACCUUGUUACUUGUACAACUGUCUUGUGUUAGCGCAGCAGUGCGAUGGUGUAAUGCAGAGGCCUACGCACAGGUGGCGCGGAUCGUGGAGAGCCGUGCUCCCGGCUUUCCAGUGGGGCGGCACGUCGUGGCGUAUUGGGGGUGGCGCGACCGCACGGUGGCCGAUGUGGGCUCCGGCAGGCCACAGCCCCCCCUGUACGUAUCGCCGCCCAGAUUGGUGCCACACCUGGGGGACCUGCCUCUGUCGCUGUCCCUGGGAGUCCUAGGCAUGCCAGGCAACAGCGCCUACUUCCCGCUGCUGGAUAUCUGCAAACCCAAGCCAGGAGAGGUGGUCGCAGUCACUGGCGCUGCCGGGGCUGUCGGCAGCGUAGUGGGCCAGAUAGCGCGCAUCAAGGGCUGUACUGUCAUCGGCUUCGCCGGAUCUGACGCCAAGGUGAAAUGGCUGAAGGAGGACCUGGGCUUCCAUCACGCUUUUAACUACAAGAAGACAGACGUGUCCACCGCCCUGAAGCAGGCUGCCCCAGAUGGUGUCGACGUGUACUUCGACAACGUGGGAGGCGACAUAAGCACUGCAGUCAUGAGCAACAUGCGGUACCGCGGCCGCAUCGUCGUGAUUGGCGCCAUCUCUCAGUACAACGACCUCGAGCAACAGAAGUUGGUCAACCUGCCCUUCACAUUUCUUGCGCAGCAGCUCCGACUGGAGGGUUGCGCGGUUGCACGGUAUCACGACCGCUGGGAAGAGGGCAUCAGCCAGCUGACGAAAUGGGUCAGAGAGGGUAAAAUCAAGUACAGGGAGACUGUGACCAAAGGCUUUGAAAACACUCCCAGAGCCUUCAUCGGUAUGCUGCGAGGUGAGAACUUCGGGAAAGCUGUUGUCAAACUGUGA